CCGGCUACUUUCUCUCUCCUCGGUUCCAGCUUCGCCACGUCAGCAUCUCCCGUGGUAGUCGAGAAAAUCAGGCCGUACCCGAGAAAAGCCGAGAAAACGGUAUUCUCAACGAUCAAAGAGCUAACUCUCACGUCAGGCCCAGGCCCAGGCCCAUUGGGCCGACAAUGCGAUGUCCGGCACAAUUCGCCGGCGAUGGUGUUCAGCGCCGGAGGGUACACCGGGAACCUGUUUCACGACUUUAUCGACGGCCUCGUUCCGCUAUUCAUCACCGUGAACUCGGUUUUCCCGGACCGGGAUUUCGUCCCGGUCGUACCGGAUGCUCGGAAUUGGUGGGUUUCCAAGUACUCGCAAGUUCUAGAAGCUUUCACCAAUCACAGAAUCAUAUCCUUCGAGAACGAGACUUCAACCCAUUGUUUCACUUCAGCCCACGUGGGUGUAAUCUCGCAUGGGGUGAUGACCAUUGACCCAGCCCAAAUACCCAAUUCAAGAUCCUUCGUUGACUUCCACAAUUUACUGGACAAGGCCUUUACUCACGGCCCAAUUCAAAGCCCAGCCCAUUUAUCAUCCCCCCGGAAACCUCGUCUUGUCCUGGUGAGCAGAUAUGGCAAAGUGGGUCGUGUCAUAACGAACGAGAAGAAGGUAAAAAGAAUGAUCGAAGACAUUGGAUUCGAGGUAAUCAGGUUCAGACCGACCAAGAAGACGUCGUUGCCGGAAGCAUAUAAGCUGAUAAAGUCGAGCCACGCCAUGCUGGGGGUUCACGGCGCGGCCCUGACCCACUCGUUGUUCCUUAGACCCGGUUCGGUAUUGGUGCAGGUGGUUCCCGUGGGGUUGGACUGGAUGGCCAAAGUCUGUUUCGAGAAAUCGGCCAAGGCGAUGGGGUUGGAGUAUUUGGAAUAUAGAAUAGAUGUCGAAGAGAGCACGUUGAAGGACAAGUAUGGUAAAGAAGAUAUGGUCUUGAAAGAUCCAGUGGCUUUUCGAGGGUCGGAAUGGAAUUUCACAAAGAUGAAUGUGUAUUUGAAGGAACAAAACUUGAGGCUUGAUAGAGUUCGGUUAAGGAAUUUUAUGAUCCAAGCUUAUAACAAGGCUAAGGAGUUCAUGCACGUGCAUGGCUGAUCUA